CGUUUCGCCGCACGCCAAGCUCGAACCGUUGAAUUAAAACCAUCCGGAUCGUUCGACAGCAAAAUGCAGAACGUAAUAAACAGCGUCAAGGGUUGCGCUCUGGAAGUGGCGGAAUACUUAACCCCAGUUCUGAAGGAGUCUAAGUUCAAGGAGACGGGGGUUAUUACGCCGGAGGAGUUUGUGGCCGCCGGGGAUCAUUUGGUGCAUCACUGCCCGACUUGGCAGUGGGCUUCUGGGGAUGAGGCCAAGAUCAAGCCGUACCUGCCCAAGGAUAAGCAGUUUUUGAUUACGCGCAAUGUGCCGUGUCCCAGGAGAUGCGUUCAAAUGGAGUAUUCCGAAGAUUUGGAGAGAAUAAUUGAGUCUGAUGAUGCCGACAAUGGUUGGGUUGACACCCACCACUAUGAAGGCAACACCUCCUCUGUCGAAGACAAAAUAUCUGAGAUGACAUUGGAGAACACCAAGGGUGAGAGCAUGGAGGAUGCAAUGAAAAAUUCGGAGGAGAACGACGAUGAUGACGAUGAUGAUGAUGAUGAAGAGGCCGCAGACAUGGAGGCUUUUGAGGAGAGUGGUAUGCUUGAGGAUGAUCAGGUGGCAAAAGUUAUACAACCAGUUAAUGUAGCUGCCCCAAAGACAGACGAAGACGGGGAAAUUAUUCAUACUCGCACCUACGACCUGCACAUCACCUAUGAUAAAUAUUACCAGACACCCAGACUGUGGCUUACUGGCUAUGAUGAAAAUCACAAGCCACUCACAGUCAAUGAAUUUUUCCAAGACGUCAGUAAAGAUUAUGCAAUGAAAACCGUCACCAUGGAGACUCAUCCUCAUUUAAGUGUUCCCAAAAUGGCUUCAGUACAUCCUUGCAGACAUGCAGAAGUGAUGAAAAGUAUUAUAGAAACGGUGACCGAAGGAGGUGGUGAGCUUGGGGUACACAUGUACUUAAUCAUAUUCCUGAAGUUCAUGCAAUCUGUCAUACCAACAAUAGAAUACGAUUAUACUCAAAAUUUUUCCAUGAAUUAAUUAUAAAACAAAACCAUGCUUUUAAAAUAUAAAUUUUAAUUGUUAUAUAUUAAUGUUUCUCAAAGGCUUGAUUGCUUCACAAGUUCAGCCAAAUUUUAAUUAAGUUUAUAAAUUUUGCUAUUUGUAUAACAAUAUAUUUUUUUGUAUGCAAUAA